CUUGGUGGCAUCCUUGAAGUGGCUCGGUAGUGCAUACAGCGGUGGGAAUCCUGCUCCCUUCAGCCAUGACUCACAGAGUCCUUCUGUUAACAGCCCUGGCUUUGUGUCAUGGAUUCAACCUGGACACUCAAAAUGCAGUGAUCUUUCAAGAGAACGCAAGGGGCUUUGGGCAGAGCGUGGUCCAGUUUGAGGGAUCCCGGGUGGUGGUUGGAGCCCCCCAGGAGAUAAAGGCUGCCAACCAAACAGGUGGCCUCUACCAGUGUGACUACAGCACGGGCACCUGUGAGCCCAUCCCCCUGCAAGUCCCCCCGGAGGCUUUGAACAUGUCCCUGGGCCUGUCUCUGGCAUUUGCCACCAAUCCUUCCCAGCUGCUGGCUUGCGGCCCCACUGUACACCAGGUUUGCAAGGAGAACAUCUACGUGAAUGGCUUAUGCUUCCUGUUUGGACGCAACCUGCUGCAGCAGCCCCAGAAGUUCCCGAAGGCCCUCAGAGAGUGUCCUCAGCAGGAUAGCGACAUUGCCAUCCUGAUAGAUGGCUCUGGAAGCAUCAACUCAUAUGACUUCCAGAAGAUGAAGGAGUUUGUCUCAACGGUGAUGAAUCAAUUCAAGUCCAAAACCUUGUUCUCUUUGAUGCAGUUCUCGGAUGACUUCCAGACUCAUUUCACCUUCAAAGAGUUCAAGGAUAACCCUAACCCAGACCUGCUGGUGAGGCCAAUAAAACAGCUGCGUGGGUGGACGUACACAGCCACAGCAAUCCGCAAAGUGGUAAGAGAACUGUUUCAAAGAAGGAACGGAGCCCGGGAGAAUUCCCUUAAGAUCCUGGUAGUCAUCACAGAUGGAGAAAAAUCUCGUGAUCCUUUGGAGUACGAGGAUGUCAUCCCUGAAGCUGACAGAGAGGGCAUCAUUCGCUACGUCAUUGGGGUGGGCUCUGCCUUCAAUAGUGAGCGAUCCCGCCAAGAGCUUAACACCAUUGCCUCCAAGCCAGCUCUCGAUCAUGUGUUCCGGGUGAAUAACUUUGAAGCUCUGAAGACCAUUCAGAACCAGCUUCAGGAAAAGAUCUUUGCAAUUGAGGGGACCCAGACAGGCAGCACCAGCUCCUUCGAGUAUGAGAUGUCUCAGGAAGGCUUCAGUGCUUCCAUAACCUCCAAUGGGCCCUUGCUGGGUGCUGUGGGGAGCUUUGACUGGGCUGGCGGAGCCUUUCUGCACAUGCCAAGGGACAAAGUCACCUUCAUCAACACAACCAGGGUGGAUUCGGACAUGAACGAUGCUUACUUAGGUUAUGCGGCCGAUGUCAUCUCGCGGAGCCGGGUGCAGAUGAUAGUUCUGGGGGCGCCACGGUACCAGCACACGGGCAUGGUGGUGCUGUUCAGACAGAAUGCUGGUACCUGGGAGACCAACACUGUCAUCAAAGGCAGCCAGAUUGGCUCCUACUUUGGGGCCUCCCUCUGCUCCGUGGACGUGGACAGAGACGGCAGCUCCGACCUGGUCCUCAUCGGGGCUCCCCAUUACUAUGAUUCAACUCGGGGGGGCCAGGUGUCUGUGUGCCCCUUACCCCGGGGGAGGGCUAGGUGGCAGUGUGAGGCCAUUCUCCGUGGGGAGCAAGGCCACCCCUGGGGCCGCUUUGGGACAGCCCUGACAGUGCUGGGGGACGUGAAUGGGGACAAGCUGACGGACAUAGCCAUCGGGGCCCCGGGAGAGCAGGAGAACCAGGGUGCUGUCUACCUGUUCCAUGGAACCUCAGGACUGGGCAUCAGCCCCUCCCACAGCCAGCGGAUUGCAGGCUCCCAGAUCUCCCCCAGGCUCCAGUAUUUUGGUCAGUCUCUGAGUGGGGGCCAGGAUCUCACGAUGGAUGGACUGGUGGACCUGGUCAUUGGGGCCCAGGGACAUGCACUGCUGCUCAGGUCCCAGCCUGUGCUGACAGUUGACGUGACCAUGGAGUUCACCCCCAGGGAAUUGGCCAGGGAGGUGUUUGAGUGUCAUGAGCAUGUGGUGAAAGGCCAGCCUGCAGGAGAGGCCAGAGUCUGCCUCCGUGUUCACAAGACCACACGGGACCGGCUGCAAGAAGGAGAGAUCCAGAGCAUUGUCACCUAUGACCUGGCUCUGGACCCAAGUCGCUCACAUCCCCGGGCCAUCUUUGAGGAGACAAAGAACCGCACAUGCAGACGGACACAGAUGUUGAGGCUGAAGCAGGAAUGUGAGACCCUGAAGCUACAGUUACCGGAAUGUGUAGAGGACUCCGUGACUCCGAUCAUCCUGCGUCUCAACUUCUCUCUGGAGGGGCAGCCCUCAACUUCUUUCGGGGGUCUCCGGCCAGUGCUGGCUGUGGAUGCUCAGAGACUCUUCACAGCCUCGUUUCCUUUUGAGAAGAAUUGUGGCAAUGACAGCAUUUGCCAAGAUGAUCUCAGUGUCACCUUCAGUUUCAUGAGCCUGAACACUCUGGUGGUGGGCGGUCCCCGGGACUUCAACGUGACACUGACUGUGAGGAACCAGGGCGAGGACUCCUAUAGCACCCAUCUCACCUUCUUCUACCCACCUGGCUUGUCCUAUCGGACGGUGUCAGGGGUCCAGAACCAGCCCUCAUGGCGAUCCUGGCAUGUGACCUGUGUGUCUGACACAUCCACCAAGGGACCCAGGACCUCGCAGAGCAGCAGCUGCAACAUAAACCACCCCAUCUUCCCAGGCAACUCGGAGGUCACCUUUAAUGUUACACUAGACGUGGAAUCUAAUGCUUUCUUUGGAAACAGAGCACUUUUCAAGGCCAAUAUGACCAGUGAGAACAACGUACCCAGGACCAACAGAAUGGAAUUCCAGCUGGAGCUGCCUGUGAAAUAUGCAGUCUAUGUGGUGGUCACCAGCCAGGACAUCUCCACUAAGUACCUCAACUUCACAGCUUCCGAGAAGACCCGCCAUAUUAUAAAGCAUCAAUAUCAGUUCAAGAACCUGGGGCAGAGGAGCCUCCCAGUCAGUGUGGUCUUCUGGGUCCCAGUCCAGCUGAACCAGGUGGCCGUGUGGGAUGCCCCCCAGGUCACCUUCUCCCAGAACCUCUCCAGUAUGUGCCACACAGAGAAGAGGGUCCCCCCCCACUCUGACUUCCUGGCUGAGAUUAAGAAGGUCCCAGUGCUGAACUGCUCCAUUGCUGUCUGUCACAGAAUCCAGUGUGACCUCCUGUCCUUUGACAGCCAGGAAGAAUUCAAUGUCACCCUCACAGGCAACCUCUCAUUUGACUGGUAUAUCAAAAGUCCGCACAGCUACCUCCAGGUUGUGAGCACAGCAGAGAUCUUGUUCGAUGAGGUGGCGUUUACCCUGCUUCCAGGACAGGGGGCAUUUGUGAGGGCCCAGACGGAGACCAAAGUGGAGCCACAUGAAGUGCACAACCCCAUACCCCUCAUUGUGGGCAGCUCGGUGGGGGGGUUGGUGCUCCUGGCUCUCAUCACCGCUGGCCUGUACAAGCUCGGUUUCUUCAAGCGGCAGUACAAAGACAUGAUGGGCGAAGCUGGUCCUGAAGCUGCCCCGCCCCAGUAGCAGCUCUGUGUCCACUGAGUGGCCUCCUCUGAAGCAGCCAGGACUUGAGUUAGACCAACAUGCAGGCCGCUGGACAGACACGUCCCGCAGGAGGCUGGGCAGUGACAUCACAUUCAGGAAAGACCUGCUUGGGUUUCUGUUUCCAUCCGUGUGUGUGCGUGCGUGUGUACGCAUGUGUGUGUGUGGGCUACGUGUGUGGCGCCAAUAUCUCUUGUGUGGGGAGGUACGUUCAGCACAACCACUCAGGCACAAAGGGAUUGCUGGGGCCUCCGGGCAGAGGCGCUGGCAGCUCCUGUGGGUGAACUCAAUGGGAGAGCAUUAGAUCCCCUCCCUGCAGAAGGAAGUGCGACCUCCCUCUGUGGGUCAGCAUGUGGCCCGCAGGGGCCUGGCAGCUGGACAACACCCCACAGAGAAGCCAUGCUAGAACCUGGGUCUGAUCCACUGGCGGAGCCUGUCCCAACCCUAGAACUAAAUGUGUCCAGUGAGCAAUGACAUGCUGCCUUCUGUCCAUUUAUUUAUUAAUGUUUCUUUCAUGUUUUUGAAUUGAUUAACCGGUCCAUAGUACAGAAAUCAGAAGAUGUGCAGGAUGUGGGGUGAAAAGGGUUCCCCCUAGCCAUUCAAGUCAAGGCUACGUGUUUUGGGGUCUCCUUCACAAAGACUCUAGAUAUGCACGUACACACACACACACACACACACACAUGUGCACACACACACACGCUUUUUACACAGAUGAUAGCAUGCGUUACUUAUAUUGCUCUGCAUCUUGUUUUUUCCAUUACUGUAGCUCAGACAUUGUUUCGUGUAAGACAUAAGGUAUCCCUUCAUUCUUUUAUACAGCUCCAUGGUAGUCCAUCAUGUGGGUGAAUCACAAUGUAUGUAACCAGUAUCCUUUUGAUAUGUUAUUUCCAAUCUCUUGUCAUUAAAACAGUGGUGAUAUAA